UCUACUCACUCUUUUGUUGCCCAGCUGAGCCUAACAACAGCAGCAUCAACUAUUCAGCUAUGUACUAAACUAAAACUGUCGGCCGAUCAUCCAUCGGACAGGAGACCAACCCCUUGUUGGCUUGGACUUGGGAAGUUGUGGUUUGUGAAGAAGGUGGGUGCUUGCUCUUCAUUAGUCCUUCCAAAAUCCAAGGACAAACCAAUUGCUGUUGGUAGCUUUUUGGUUGCUUGAGUUGAGGGAGGGACGUUAUAUUAUAUAUCAUGUCCAAGUUAUAAGAGGUUAUCCAAUUCAAGAAUCGUCAGUACAUCAGCACAGAAGAGUAGAGCUGAGGAAAUAAUAGUCAGAAUUACUGAUGGGUUUUCUUUCGACCACCAAGCCAAUAUCAUCUAUUGAUCAAUGCUGCUACUCUUGUUGUAAUGCCUUCUUUUUCUUGCGUCCCCGCAUUAUUCCCAGUUCUACUCCUCCACCACCGCCACCAUAUCCCAUUUCCAUGUUGAAUUCUAGUAGUACGAGGAAAUCCGUUGUUGUUUGCCACAGUUCUAAAGAAUCCUCAGCACUCGUGAUGUCACAUUUGCACAACGCUACUACCAAGUUGAACAUUGCAAGAAGGAGGAUGAGGAGGAGGAGGAGGAGGAGUUUGUUAGUAUUCUGUAAUACUAAUGGUGGCAACAGCAACGAGGACGAAAAUGACGGUGGGCAGGGGCGAGAAGCAGAAGAAGAGAAAAAAGAAGAAGAAGAGGAAGUUGUUUCCCCAGAAAACAAGGCCAUCAUCAAUGCUUGCCUUGUUGGUCUCUUCACUGGCAUUGGCGUUGUCCUCUUCAAUAUUGCGGUGGAUGAAAUCCGAGAUGUUUUCUGGGAUGGAAUUCCUGAUCGAGGUGCCUCAUGGCUAAGAGAGGAGCCAAUUGGAGUAAAAUGGGGACAUGUUAUUUUAAUACCUGCUUGUGGGGGUUUGUUGGUUAGCAUGUUAAAGCUGUUCCAAACUGCUAUAGAGGAGCCCAAGAAUUGGAAUUUGUCAUCUAAUGUAAAAGCAACACUAGACCCAAUUUUUAAGGCAGUGGCUGCUUGUAUCACCUUGGGCACUGGGAACUCAUUGGGACCAGAAGGUCCUAGUGUUGAGAUAGGUGCAUCUAUUGCCAAGGGAGUGGGUACCUUGUUCGACAACAGUUCUCAGGGAAAGCUAUCCCUCAAGGCUGCAGGGUCUGCUGCUGGAAUUGCCUCUGGGUUCAACGCAGCUGUUGCAGGCUGCUUUUUUGCAGUAGAGGUCGUGUUGUGGCCAUCGCCAGCAGAGUCAUCCUCCUCAUUGACAAAUACAACUUCAAUGGUCAUUCUUAGUGCUGUGAUAGCUUCCGUAGUUUCAGAAAUUGGUCUUGGCUCUGAACCUGCCUUUAUAGUGCCGAAUUAUGAAUUCCGUUCACCAAGUGAACUGCCUCUUUAUCUUUUGCUGGGUACGGUGUGUGGCUUGGUUUCCCUUACCUUAUCUCAAUGCACAGCAUUUAUGAGAGUAGCUGUCGACAAUAUUGAGAAGAUUACUGGCGUUCCAAACACCAUUUUCCCCAUAUUUGGUGGUUUCACUGUUGGUUUAAUGGCAUUAGCAUAUCCAGAAAUUCUUUACUGGGGUUUUGAGAAUGUUGACCUUUUAUUAGAAUCUCGCCCUCUUGUGGAAGUUCUUUCUGUCAAUCUGUUGCUUCAGAUCGUGGCAGUCAAAAUUUUAGCUACCUCUCUGUGUCGGGCAUCUGGAUUAGUUGGAGGCUACUAUGCACCAUCGUUGUUUAUUGGUGCUGCUACUGGAAUGGCAUAUGGAAAAGUUGUUAGCUUUGUGUUUUCUCAAUCCAAUCCAAUUUUUCAUUUACCCUUCUUGGAAGUUGCAUCACCACAAGCAUAUGGCCUGGUUGGUAUGGCUGCUACUCUAGCAGGCGUAUGUCAGGUACCUCUUACAGCAGUUUUGCUUCUUUUUGAGUUGACACAAGAUUAUCGGAUAGUUCUACCCCUUCUAGGAGCUGUGGGGCUGUCGUCGUGGAUUACAUCUGGGCAGACAAGAAGAAAGGGAGUUGCGGGAACAAAGAAAGUCAAUAAUGAGAAUGCCUUUUUAAAUCAGCAGCCUGAAAUAUCUUCCUCCAGCUCACCACUUGUAUCUUCUGCCAAUUCUGUUGUUGAAAAAGCAUCAGAUGAAAGCAACCUUGGUGAACUUGGGAGGUUAGUUUAUCUGGGCGGGCCCAAUGAUAAUACAAAUGGCAUCACGCAGAGGAUUCUGGUCGCACAGGCCAUGAGAACCCGCUAUGCAACAGUCAUGAUGAGCACUUCAGUAGCAGAAGCAGUGUCGCUCAUGUUAGCAGAGAAGCAAUCUUGUGCAGCCAUAGUUGAUGAUAAGGAUCUUCUGAUUGGGCUUCUUACUCUUGCUAAUAUACAACAAUUCACUGAAUUAUCAAAGGCAAAAACUAAAAGUCCUAAGGAGCUUACAGUAUCUGAAGUAUGUGCACCUGAAGGAGCAGAGUGUCAGAUACCACUGUCUGUAACACCAAAUAUGAGUCUCCUUUCUGCUCAAACUCUGAUGUACAGACAUCGUAUGAGUCAAGUACCAGUUGUUCAGGAUCAGGGGCACCCAGUUGGCCUCUUGGACAAUGAAUGCAUCAGUCUGAUAUGCCGAGGGCUAGCAAUUGGUGAACGCCUCCAACAGUUUCCCUCACUGGAAAGAUUGAAGAAUUGAUAUUUUGGAAGGUCUAACCUUUUUGCACAGUUGAUCUGACCUUGCUGUCAUGACUCAUAUGGGAACAGUUAGUCCCUCUACAAUAGUCCUCUGCAAUUUUUAGUUAGAAAGAACCUGAUUCUUAGAGCAUCCUAAUGGUGUCGUGCAGAUACACUGGACCAAAAGGCAAAUGGAGAAGAUGAUGAAUGCUUCUAGUAUUACUUUAUCAUUUGAUGUCUUCUAUUCUUGCCAUCUCAGCAAAUUAAAAGUUAAAAGAACAGGUAGUUCAAAAUUCCUUGGGAUCUCAGCUACCAUCUUGAUCUAUCAGCUGGGGUUGAGAAAAUUGCAGCUAGCUUAAGCAAAUGCAUAUCUGAUGAACCACACAUUUGGUCUCUCUAUGCUGACAUCGAGAGAAGUGAUAACAAGAGCUCUUUCAACUGAGAAAGUGGGACGAUUACUACGCGAGUAAACUUGCAAUCUUCUUGCUUGCUGGUUGUUCUCUCGGCGAGGAUGGGUGAUCUGGACUUUUGCAUGCAGCCUUUGUAAAGUGUCCGCGAGACUUAAUUAAACCCUUGACAACAUAAAAAUUUAGUCAUGUUUAUAUAGAAACAGUCGAUUGUUGUCAUGUAGAAUCAGAGAUAUACAACCAAGUUUUGCAGUCUA